GGGGGAAGGGAGAAUCGUUUAGGCAGGACUCACUACUAGCCUGUGCAAGUUUGUUACUUUGGUCCUACUAAAUAGUUUACAUUCAUUAUUUUUUUGUCCCAUGUGGAUGCUAUUUUCCGUUUAUGUCUUAUCGUUGCCUCUGACAGAAUCAUGGACGACUCCCGAACAGCAUCAUGCAAGUCCUGUAUCAAGGUUUACCUGUGUUCUAAUCCAGAAGAUUCUGUUGUGGAACGCAGGGCUCUGAGAGAAAAUGUGUUUCCCAGGCUGAGGGAGCACUGCAGACACACAUACGGACUGGACUUCAAGGUGAUAGACCCUUAUGAGGCAAGUGAUCCCAGAACCGGGCCAGACCAACAGACUAGACAAAAGCUACUACAGGCGUGUAGAGAAAGCUCUGACGGACCCUACCUAGUGGCUCUGGUGGGGGCACAGUAUGGUGCUGUGUGUUUACCUGCCCAGGUGGAGGUGGCAGAGUUCCACAGGCUGCUCCAGGUGUGCCAGCGAGCGGGCAUCAGUACCCGUGCUCUAGAGAAGGCAUACCUGAGAGACGAGAAUACAAUACCACCGUCCUUCUGCCUGCAACGACGGACACACAUUCACACACAGCUGCACCCCGACAAACAGACAGAUGAAAAGACAGGAGAAACGGGUGUUGAAGAGGAGGAGGAGAUGAGGAAGGUCUUGCAGGCUGCUGUGAGUCAGUGUGUUCAGGGAGGUCUCCUAACAACCCUAGGCUACUACAGGUCAGCUCUCGACACAGACCUGCGAUUCGCUCUGGAGAAUUGUCCAAGACGUGACAUCAAACGCUGCCUGGUCUAUGUCAACAAGAUCUCCAAUGGGCGGGGCCAGAGUGAGGGGGCAGACCAGCCCCCUAAAGAGCCGCCCCUACACCCCUAUCCUCCUCUCAAGGCUCUGUCCGAUGACAGCCUCCUGUCCCAGCUCUGUGACCACUUCCUGCCCAGCCUGGUGACUUCCGGUCAGCUCCUGGUGUACACCACAACUUCGGAAUGCGACCCUCGUCAUGGUUACACCCCCGCCAGGAGGAGGAGCUAUGCGGAGGGUCUCUGCCAGCAGCUCUACUCCGACCUCCUGGCUCUGAUUGACAGCUCUGUCGCCAUGGGAAUGGGAAAGUCAGUAUCUUCACCUCAUUCUGAUGAUGCGUUGACCAGAGAGCAGGCUGAGCAAGAGGAGCUGUGUUCUCUCUAUUCCCGUCUCUAUGACAACAAUCGGCCAGAGGAAGAGGAAGUCAGGUCUUACCUGGAGCAGAGGGACACACAACACCCACUAGUGGUCGUAGGAGGGCCGUGCACAGGGAAAACUGUGCUGCUGGCACAUUGUGCACAGCAGGUGAGGUCAUGGCUGAGCGACAUGGAUCCCGUGGUGAUUAUCCGGUUCACCAGUCUGUCAGUCAAUCUCUCACCUAGACACCUUCUCUCCAGCCUGUGCCACCAGAUAGCCCACAGAUACAACCGUAACCCUGAGCCCAGUAGCAGAGAUCCUAACCCUAGCCUCCCCCAGCUCAGACAUAACAUUUCCUCCCUUCUCUCCCUCUGUCCCACCCCUAAACAGCCCCUGGUCCUCAUCCUUGACGGCCUAGACCAAGCUUGGACCGUCUCCGGACCCCAGACCAUCAAGUGUCUCCCUUCCCCCCUCCCUCCCAACAUCAAACUCAUGCUCUCCAUCUCCCCGACCCGAACCAAUACCCUCCACACCCUUGAACUCCAUUUCUCACAAUCCUCCUCUGCAGUUUUUGGUGUCUCAGGGUGCUGUGUGAGUGUGGAGCUGGGGCCGGUGGAAGGGAGGGGGUGUGUGAGGAUGUUGGCAGCCCUCCUGGAGGGGUCAGGAAGGAGAGUGACGUCAGGACAGCAGGGGGUCAUGAACAUGGCCCUGAUCUCCUGCCCUCUGACCCUCUACGCUCGCCUCCUACAUAGACACGCCUCGCUGUGGACCUCAGCAUCAGAGGUGACUGAUGAGACCCUCCCUGUGGGUGUCCACUCCAGCAUCACAGUGUUUCUGGUUCACCUAGAGGAGAAACAUGGGUUGGUUCUGGUGUCCCGAGCCCUGAGCUACCUGACCCUCUCCAGGACCGGACUCACAGAGGCUGAGCUCUCUGACCUCCUGUCCAGUGAUGACGAGGUGCUGGUUGGGUACGUCUCGGCCAGUGAGCCCCCUCCCUCCAAGUUUAGGGUACCUGAGGUGGAAGUGGAGAGGCUGUUGUUGGAUCUGAAGGGGUUUCUGGUGAAGAGGAGUGUUGCAGGGUCUCAUGUUCUAUUCUGGGUCAGUAGACAUUUUGGGUUGGUGGUGUGUGAGAGGUACCUGAGCUCCUGGGAGAUGAGGGAGGAGAUGCACACAGCGAUGGCCGACUAUUUUAAUGGUCGCUGGGCCUACGGUAGAGCCAAACCACUGGUCAUCAGCCAGAACACAGGACUCAACCAGCCUGGGCCUGUCCCUGACACUGCCCGAAUGAAAAAAUACAUUGACAGGCAACCUCUUGGUCAACCCUAUGUGUUUAACUCUAAACCCUCCUCAUCCUCUUCCUCCCCCUCUUCUGAGCAUGUGCGAGUCAACCUGCGCAAGCUUCUGGAACUGCCCUAUCACCUGAAGGAGAGUGGCAGGUUGGAGGAGCUAGGGCGAGGUCUGAUGAUGUCACUGGAGUUCCAUCAGGCUAUGCUGAGGGCGGGGCUCCUCGGGGAUCUGGUAACCCUGCUGGAGGAUUGGGAAAGGGAGGGGGCGUCCCAGCUGAUCUUCCCCAGGGAGAGAGCUCUUCUGGCGGUCAUUCUGAGGGACUCAGCCUGUCUCCUCUGGAACUCCCCUAUGGAGCUGUCCAUGGUGAUGAAGGUCAGGCUGCUUCCUUUCCUGGGGCUCUGUCCUGAGCUGGAGGGCUAUGCUGAGGAGGUGACACAGGGGAUCAAGAAGAGGGGAAGCGGGUUAGGAGUGGUGCUCAGUCCUGCCCCCUCUACUGUACCCUCCACACAGUGUCUUUUUCCAGAGGCCAGACAGUGUCCUGUUACAGAUGCGGCGGGGACAGUGUCUGGGACUGUGGUUGUCAUUCAGAGUGAUGGCUCUGCUUUGGUGUGGAGGGGUAGGGAGGCAGAGGAACUGAAACUGAGCUGUGAACCUGCGCUGAGGUUUGUAAGUGUCCGGGGUAGUGGGACUUUCAUCCUCCUCUCAACUCAGUGCAACACACAGCUCCUGUGGGAUGUGACUGGGACAACGUGUUUUCAGGAUGUACUGAGUCUAGAAAGACAGGGGUCCAACUCAGACCAACGCUCCAGUACCAUAGUUGAAGGGUUUCUCAUGUGUGAUGACAGGAUGUGUGUGUGGUGGAAAGGUCGGAGCUAUGUGAGUGUUUCUGAAGUUUCCACCAGCCGCCUCCUCACCCGUUUGCAGUGCCAGAACACUGUGAGGAGUGUGUCUUUUCCCCCUAGUGGUCAGUUUGUGUACUGUGGCCAGGAGAAAGGCACAGUGUCUAUAUUUGACACAUCUAGAGGCACUCUCACUGCUAUCUGUUCCAGUCCAGCAGAGUCAUCAGUUAUCGCUGUGAUACUCAGUGAGGAUGAGAGGGAGAUGGCGUGUGUGGACAGCAGAGGGCACGUAUUGUUAUGGUGUGUAGCGACCAAAACAGAUCCCAAACUCCUAAAAGAGUGUUGUAGUGGCAGCAGCCAUUUUGAGUUCAUCAAUACAGACCUAUCAGAAGAGAGUUGUAUUCUGCUGGUGUGUAAAACCCAGGAGAUUAUUCUCUGGGACACGUGUGACUGGGAGCAGUGGGACCAUUUCAGAGCUCCACAGGGGAAGGCCUUCUCUCAGGCGUUGUUAACCCAGGACGGACAACUCAUCCUGGCUUCGCUAGAGGCCUGUCCCUCUGUGCUGGUGUGGAGGAUGACCACUGGUCAGUGUGUCCUGUCCUUAGAUGCUGGCAGUCCUUUCCAACCCCUCUCACUGCUCAAGAUGGACUCUCUCCUCUCCGUGGUCACACAAAAUGGCCACCUCACUACGUGGGACUCAGAUGUAAUAUGUGCUGCGGCUAUGGUCCCUAGAACUGGGGCCGGGGUGAGGAAGGUGGUGCUGGAGCCAAUGGGAGAGCGGUUCUAUGUGAUUGACGGCUCAGAGAUAUUGUGGAGGUGGAGAUUACAGACAGGAAGUCCGGAGACUCACUUCCUGCACGACGACCCCGUGGAGAAGCUGUGUCUCUCUCCAGACGGCAGCCAUCUUGUGAGCCUCUCAGGGGAGGACGUUUACGUGUGGCGGAGCGACACGGGACAGAACCUCCACCGUAUCCACGGCAGCAGAGCUACAGAGGUUCUGAUCACCUCUAACGGUCACAUCGGGGUGUGUGUGUCGCAGCACGGCCUGUCCAGGGUGUGGAAGCUGGCCAGUGGGGCCGUGGUCUGUAACAUUCACCUGUACCUGGCUGAUGCCCAGGUCUCACCCGAGAGCACCUUCCUGUUAGGCCGUCGUCAUGGCGACCUGCUCGCCGUCAGCCUGUGGUCUGGCACCGUCAGUAAGCGCUUCUCGUGCUCAGAACGCUAUGAACGUUCUACGGUCGUGGCCUUCCGGACCCUGCCGGAACACCCAGACUUUGUGAUCGUGAUGGCUGCCUCUGGGUCUGUUUACACAUGGAAGGUGACAGAGGAGACGGUAUGCCGACAGUUUCUGCUCCCCCAGAUGUUCCUGUGCCAGCCACAGGUCUUCCACAUGUCGUCUGAUGGGAGCUUCGCUCUGCUUUCCACUGAUGAUGACCUCAUCACCCUGCUGGACCUGCCCAAUGCCAGGCUGUGUAGGGUCAAGGCCCAGGGUCCAGUCCUCAAAGUUUGCAUGGACGACUCUGGACGCUACGCUGUCUACAUCUGCCACCCCCCUGCCCAGGAUAAUGGCUGUGCCUGUGACCUGCACACUAAGCCAUUGCUGGCAGUGGUACGGCUGGCUGACGGGGGGAGACUGGGGAGGUUGUGUCUGUGUAAGACCCCCACAGCUCUGGCUGUGAGUGAGGAGCUGUGUGUGUAUGUGGGCUUCCACGAUGGGUCUGUGGGAGUGUACUCCAUCUCUGACAUCACAGGGAGGGGAGGGGCUGUCAGGGAAAGGAUACAAGGGAUUGGUCGGGAGAGGCCAUGCCAGUGUGACAUUGAGCCAGUGCGAUGGUUGCCCCUAGCAACACCCAGCAUCACAUGGCCCAAGUCUUCUUCAGAGAUGACAUAACAGAUGUAGUCCUGAGUCUUCUUCGGAGAUGACAUAACAGAUGUAGUCCUGAGUCUUCUUCAGAGAUGACAUACCAGAUGUAGGCUUGCUUCUUCAGAGAUGACAUAACAGAUGUAGUCCUGAGUCUUCUUCAGAGAUGACAUAACAGAUGUAUGCCCAACUUGUGUCUUGUUGGCCAGUUUCCUUCUUUAUU